UGUCCACUGAGGACCGACAGAGGAGAGAAGGACAAGAGAGGGGAGGAGAGGAGCAACACGCAACAGCAGGAACAGAGGAGACACUGGGGAAGAAAAAAAAAAGAGUUAUCACCUGAAAUUGGGAAUUGGGAAAUUUUGAAAGUACAAUUCUGAGCUGAAAAUUAAAGAAGGCUGUGGACAGACAGGAGAAAAUCAUUCUUCAUAUAGAGAUUUUAAAGUCUGAUCUGUCUGUGUGGAGAGACUGUCUCCAGUAUGUUCCUCCUGCUCACGUUGUGUUUGUGUGGUCUUCUGCUGCGAGGUGACGCACAGGACCGAGCUUCUCUGUGGAGGGGAAACGACCGAAGUGGGCGAUGUCAGUACACCUUUACUGUACCCAGCCCCAUGGAGUCCAGCUGCCCGCAGACCGGAGGCCCAGAGAUGGAGAGUCUGAAGGCCAGACUCAGCCUGCUGGAGGUGCUUGUGUCCCAGCUGACUGGUGGGGACGCUGGGGGUCCCCAGGCGUCCGGAGCCAGAGCUCAGGCUGAGCUUCAGGAGGCACUGACCCGGGCCAUGGGGGAGAGGAACCUGCUGCAGGGGGAGAAGGAGCGUCUGGAGAGGGAGUUGGAGGGGCUUCAGCGCAGGAUGGAGGAGAUGAGGAGGGAGACAGAGAAGCUGAGGAACAAACCCUGUCCCCCGCAGACCCCCAUGGUGCCACCCAGCCCCUCUCUGCAGAACAGUGGCCUGAUGAGACCUGCUGGGGGUUCCAGUCAGAUGUCUCAUCUGAUGACCAGGCCCAACAGACAGGGAGACAGCAGCAGUUUGAGAGACUCGGCGUGGCAGUACGGAUCUCCAGGUUUCCAGGAGCUGAAGGCCGAGGUGACAGAGGUACCUGCUCCUGACGGCUCUGAGGACAACACAGGUUGUGGGGAUUUGGUAUCAGUUGGUGAGCCCGUCACUCAUAGGAAAGCUGACAGCAUAGCGGGUAAAUAUGGUGUUUGGAUGCAGGACCCUGAAGCCGUCUCCCCUUAUGGACCCAACAUGGUCUGGCGCAUCGAUGCCAUUGGCACUGAUGUCAGGCAGCUGUUUGGGUAUGAGGACAUGGAACAACUCUCUAAAGGCUUUCCAUCCAAGGUCCUGCUGUUGCCAGAGCUGGUGGAGAGCACUGGUGCCACCGUGUAUCGCGGCUCUCUCUACUAUCAGAGACGUCGUAGUCGCACGCUCAUCCGCUACGACCUUGCCUCUGAGAGCAUUGCAGCCCGCCGUGACCUCCCGCACGCCGGCUUCCACGGCCAGUAUCCCUACUCUUGGGGAGGCUACACGGACAUCGACCUGUCCGUGGAUGAGCAGGGGCUGUGGGCCGUCUACUCCACCAGCAAAGCAAAAGGAGCCAUCGUGAUCUCGCAGCUGGAUCCAAACACUCUGGAGGUGAAGAAGAGCUGGGAGACCAACAUCAGGAAGACCUCUGUGGCCAACUCCUUCGUCAUCUGCGGCAAGCUGUACACCGUGUCCAGCUACGCAGCACCCAACACCAUCAUCAACUACAUGUACGACACCACAACCAGCCAGGGGAAGACCAUAGCCAUCCCCUUCAAAAACAAGUACCUCUACAACUCCAUGGUCGACUAUAACCUGGCUCAGAGGAAGCUGUUUGCCUGGGACAACUUCCACAUGGUGUCCUAUGACCUCAGGCUGGGUCACCAGCAGGCCAACUGAGGCCAACACGAGUGACUGCUGAAAAAGUGACAUUUGCUCACCUGUUCCUGCUUCAGAGACUCAGAGCGUUAGAGACAUAUAUGUGUGGUAGAAGUAGUUAGAAAACUAACACCAUCAAGUAUCCGUGUAGAAGAGCCUAACUACCAAAGUGAAGACAUUUGAGGAACAGUGCCCCCUGCAGGUCUGCUUUUUUUUUUUUUUUUCUCAGUGGGAGGGCUUUUGCUGUGGCAUGGUCCACGAAUAUGUUUUUAAAGGAAUUAUUUUUGUACCGCCUUUAAUUCAGAUGUAUGAUUUUCUUGUUGUUUGUCGAGCUAUAUACAGUAUAUUUGAGGCCAAAAGAUGACGCAUAGUUCAAUAUCACUAGCUAAGUGGGAUAAUUAAUGCACACAAUUUACUACACAAACUCCUGUGGUACUGCACACCCUGCUGUGUUUCACCAGUCAACAUCUUUUAUUAAAUAAACUCAGCUCUCACUCGGCAUGUAUUGAAUAUUGCAUGUAUUUGUAUAUUGUAGUCAACAUUGGUAAUGUUCAAAAUCGUCCUGAAAUAAACUUCUUCUUAAAUUACA